GCGUGCUGUGUGACUUUGCCUGAGGUUCAUUUUGCCGUCGAUCCCCACAGACGAGAGCGUGGAAAAACGCGGCCUGAUUAUUCCCAGCUGCGCUGAAAAGGAAGUUGAAAGAUCAUGCCCUUUCAGCGGGCAUAAGGCGUGGAUGAUAUCCUUGGGAUCUUGCUAUAAACCUCUUCUCUCUGAGGCCUGACAGAUGCACUUUCCUGACAAUGAAGCACAGGACAAAAAGGUCAGAAAAGAGAUCCUGUCACCUUUCAGAAGGUGAGCUUGCCGAAUUCAAGGCGGCCUAAGCGGAGCAGGGGACCCGGAGCAGGAGACGAAUCAGAGCAGCUGCCCCCCUCCUGUGCCCGGGCAGGCGAAGCAUUUGGCAUGAGCCGUCUGGAGAAGCGCCAUGUGAGUCACGGAGGAGGCAUGCAGGGGCACUACAAAUACACGGACGGGUUCAGCGACACCUCGAGUGUGGGCAGCUUCAUGGACGACACGGACAGGGAGGUCAGCAGCUUCACUGACCGUGCCUUCAGGAGCCUGUGCAUCGGCGAUGAGGCAGUCUACAAUGACUCCGAGUUCGCACCGUCCCCCAUCGAGCGCUGUGACGCGUUUGUUGUGGACACUCGAGGCCCCGACGUGCUGAAGUUCGUGCCCCAUGAUGCGUUUUCUCUCGGGGCAAAGCGGCACGGAGAGGUGGCGGGUAAGACCGGGUUCGCUGCAACAUUCCAGCAGUCAGUUAUGGACAUGGCAAAGAAGGGGCUCCUAAAAAAUGACCGCGAGACUCAGCCACGCAAUGGCGCCAUAGAAACAACCUGGCAGCAUGACAAGAGUCACUCGGAUAUGUCAUCUCUGGUCAAGACCUUCAGCACAGUGGAGAAUGACCGUCACAGUGGUGUCACAGCAGCGACUAGGGAUUUCAAAUACAAGCAGGUCAGCAGUGACUCAUGGGAUAAAUCAGUCCUGCUGAACAUUCAGGGGGAACUAUCAGAGACUUCUGUGACUCGUCACCAUAAAGGGGGUCAUUCCGAGCCAUCCAAAAACCACUUUCAGUCCUCUGGAGCUGCAGCAGCCCAGAUUCCAGGCAAGGAUCUGGACACUCCCCCCUCAAAGCCCUCGAAGAGCAAACGUGGCAAGUCUGGCAAGCUGAGGAAACUGAGCGCCAAGGGCUCCUUUCUCCACAGUGAGCACAGCCCGUUUGAGUCGUGGAGGGACUGCAACAAGUAUCUGUUUCGAGCAGAACAACGUGCUGGACCUCUCGUCCACAAACGAGUGCCCCAAAUGGUACGAUUCCCCUCUUUAUAAGAGUUAAUGACAGGACAGGGAGUGCAAACUGCCGAGGCUAACGAAAGUAAGCCGAACCGAAAACAGGCAGGAGAUGUGCCUGCCGCCAUGCAGCCUUCCUUGCAGAAAGCCUUGUCCAUUGAAAAGAGGAGUGAGUCGGAGACAGGGGCCGGCAGUGCACCCUGGAGACUGAAGAGGAACCUGGCCCGGGGCACAGUGCCUGGAGAUCGACCCCGCACGGUCGCACAAUGCGGAGAGAAAGCGAGGGGAAGUGAGGGGGUAUCACCCUCCAACGCCGGUGCGGUCCCGGCUCUCCAGGUGGUCCCAGUGGUCCCUGUGGUCCCGACAGUCCCAGCUGCUCCGGCAGUUCCAGCAAAAGUGGCUGUCACGACAGUGGGAGAGCCGACGCCCAACGGCGUGACACCGUUCAGUAUCUCCCAGCUGCUGACGCCCAUCAUUCAGUCCAGGAAAGAGACGGAAUUACCUGACAUACUUCAGUCUGCGCUCACUCCUGAUGCCCUCAAUCUUGACCUUUCACCCACCACCGACUCCCCAGUAAAACCAGCUCCCGAGGUCAAACUACGUGACAGCUACAAGGCCAUGGCCUCCAGCCUGUUGUUCAACCUCAAGGACAACAGAAAACGAGUAAAGAGCACCUACAGUCCCCCAAAGUUCAAGACAGCAGAACACAGCAAACCACCCUCCAAGGAAGAAAAUGUUUUACCCAAAAACACCCCAGCUAUUUCUGAGGCCCUGGUUGCUGAGGUCGGCGUAUCCCUGCAGCCAAAAUCAAGCGAUGUCCGGCCCGGGAGUGGGCUUGUUUUGGAACCGACUGGCUCGCAAACCGUCCAUCAUAAAAAACAUGCAGACGGUGGCGUAUCGGAUGACUAUUUGACAUUAAGCUCACCCCAGACUGUAAAAGAAGCUCCCAGCUACAAGAGCAGCAGCAUACAUGAAAAUUCGCUGGGCAUAGACCAGCAUCCAGAAAGUGGAAGUGGCCAAUAUGGCAGCUUUGCUAAGUCACAAUCGAACAAAACGCCAGUGACAGGGAAACAAGGCUACCCUUCACUGAACCUCUACAAAUCAGUCAGCACAACAGAGACUAUGGCGCCAGUCAUUGAUAUGCCUGCUCGGAUCACUGCAAACAAGGAGAAAGAUAAGCGAAGGAAAGAAAUGUAUUCUUUAAGAGAAAACGAGACUGAGAUUGUGCCUAAAGAAAACGAAAACAGAAAAAAUCAGCUGGCCAGAGAGGAAUUCAAUGGCGAAAGGGAGGUGCGUGUCAACAAACAAAACGAAAAGGGCCGUGGAGUUACAUUGGUGAAAGAUGGCGAUAUCAUUGCUUUGAAAGAAAAGGACAGUCCUAAACGUACCAUGGCAGUGCAAAGAGGGGACAAUGCUAAACAGGAUGCGCAUGCUGAAUCUGAAAAAUUGCUGUUGGUCAGAGAAAGAGAAAACAUGAAACAAGGAGAAAGAGGGAAUGCUAAACAAGUUGUGAAUAAAGAGAGAGAACGUGCUAGAAAGGAAGGCCGGGCUAAACAUGUAUUUUCAGCCCGACAGAAUCAGUACAUCAAAAAUGAAAGAUAUGCGAUGCGAGAUGACAACGAGGAAGACCAAGCUGUUAAGGAUGGACUUGUGUCGAGAGAGGACAUACGCUUCUUGGGCGAGUUGUUGGAAAACAGGUCGUUGCAACGUGCUACACAGAGCACUCUCUCAGAUACUGUGACAGGUGUUACAGGUGAGGUGCCAGCUCUGAAAGGCCACAACGUCGUACUUUCAACAAGACAAAGUCAGCACACUGAAAAGGACUCAUUCAUAAUUAAUGAACAUAACCAUGCUAAAGAGGAAGUUCCCGAGGAACUACAUGCAAAGGCAAAGAGCAGGCCUCUCAGAAAUGAUAAAAUUUCAGCUGACAAACAUGAGGAUGAUGGAAAGGUCAUGGUCUUAAGGAGAAGGAGUACACACACUUCAAAUGAUUUCCUUGCAAAUGAAGAACAUGCCCAAGCUGGGCAGGAUGUGCUCUCCACAAAAAAGAACGCAGUCAGGGGUGAAGCAUUCACAAAUAAAGAACUUCAACAAGCUAAAGAGGAAGUGGUAGAGAAAAUAUGUCAAACAGGAGAGAACAGAGUGUUACUUUCAGCAAAACAGAGAGAAAACUCUGAAAAGGAGGUAUCUGAAAUUAAAGAGAAGAAUGAUGUCAAAGUGCAGCCUACUGCUGAGAAGGAGACAUGCAUAACUGAAAAUGCUGGAUAUGUAGCUGAAGAAAAAACCCAAGAGAGCUCAAGUGCAAUAAAAGAGAGGAAGGCUGCUAAAAAUGAGGUGCUUGCAAGUAAUGAUGGAGGUACUGUUAGACAGGAGGGCCCUGCAAAGACAAGGCGAAAGCACAUUGUAAGUGAUACAUCAGCAGUGAGAGAAAAAGAAAGUGAGAAAAUGAGAGAAACUGGAUCAAAAGAUAGGGAGUGUGCUAAAAAAGAGGAACUCAGGGAUGGAGAACCUGUCAUGGUGGAAGUACUUAAAACAAAAGAAAAAGAAGAAGACAAGGAGAAUUUGUUAAAAGAAGCACCUGAUUUCAGGGGGAAGAGCACACCUGAAACCGGAAUGCUUUCAAACAAAGAGAAGGACAGUAAAAUAAAGCAAAUCCUUAAGCUGAAAGAUAAAGUGAAAGAUGUGCUUUCGAUUAGAGAUCACAAAGCCAGAGAGGACACGGCUGCAAGGCAAGAUAAGGGACAAGCUAAACAGGAUGUAGCUCAGAAGCAUGAGAGAGACCACAGCCUUCUUUCAGCACGUCCAAGUAGCGAAAAGAACAAAGCAGCACAAGAUGUGUCAGCUGCGCGAGAGAAAAUCAAAACGGAACUUGCUAAUGAUGAACGUGAGAUGAUAGCAGCUACAAAGGAUGAUGCCAAUGAAACUGUGAAGGAACAAAAUGUUAAUGAACGCACCGGUAGACAUGUGGCACCCCCUAUACCUUUGAGGGUCAAUGGAACUAAAGAAGGGGAGCCAGUUAGGGUCAGCAUGCCUACACAGUCUUCCAAGGAAUCCUACCUUUCUGUAAAAGGUUCCCCACAAGAAACAAAAGCCCACUCUCCUUUAAGAAACAUUGGGGACAGACAGGAAAAGAGCGAAGAGAGCAGAGCGGUCACAAAACCCUUGAGGAACGAUUUGGGAGAGACGGUACUGCAGUAUUACGCUCCAAGUAGCAAUGACAGUGAGACAGGCUUUAAACGCAGAUCGUUUGCUUCACCUCCCAUGGUGGAGAGCAUACUGUUCAAAGAAGAAAGCGCCAUAUCUCCGAAUAAUUUAGACGAAGGUGGGUGGGUUCGCUGUCUGAUAGAGUACGCCAAGUCACAGACCCCAGGGCCGCGAUCCAACACCUCGUCCCCGUCUCUGGGGAAACCCACCCUGUUUAAAGUGAAGGACAACACUUUCAGGACAUCUCCACUGACCAAGACCGUAAAACCACCUAUCCACAGGCCGUAUUCAGACGAGUUCAGACUGAGCUCUCCCAGGGACAGCUGGAGCGGGUCUGAGAAGGGCGAGGACGAGCGUGGCCGGCCCAGGGAGCGUGCUGAGUUCCACUCUUCUCGGGACAGUUCGACCGCAUCUACCAGAGCACCCCGCUGGAGGGAAAUGUCAGUUCCCCGCCUGACACCCCCAACCGCGCAAUUAACCACUGAGAGAGAAACCAGGAGGAAUCAGCGGAGAAACCCAUGCCAGGAGGAAGAUGCAAGUCCAUCAGUUAUGAGCACAGUGUCAGAGGAGGUUGAGGGUCAUGCAGUGAGCGCGGUGGACGCGGUGGACACGGCGGACGCGGUGGAGGAGAGAAUCUCCAGUUCUGUCCCCAGCGAAGAAGUGGACGGCUGCAAGGAGCCCAGCGAGAGGUCCGAGUCCACCUGCAGCACCAGCGAAUCAAAUCCACUGGGCAAGCCACCGCCCAUCCUCCCCAAAUCGGAGAAGGCCCUUCGGCGUGCCAAGAGACUUACAAACAGGAGGAUCAAGAAGGCUGAAGUGGAAGGCAAACGGGAGACUAAGAGCCAGGCUGGUCAGAAACCAGUCAAAGAGCUCUCCAGUGAGUUGUCAACCCCAGCUGAACCCUUGCCAUCACAGCCUACAUUGUCAUCACAACCCUUACUUAGCCUUCCACCAGCACCCCAACCUCGCGCUGAUCCCAGUCUCGUCCAGCCUGCCCAGAGCGUGGUCACUCAGUCUUUCCCUGUGACCCAGAGAAAGCUCCUGCAAGACCCUGACUCAGGGCAAUACUUUAUGGUCGACAUGCCCAUGCAGGUGAAGACCAAAACAUUCUUCGAUCCCGAAACGGGGAAAUAUGUUCAGCUUCCAGUGCGGUCGCAGGAACAGCCUGCACCCCGAGCAUCCCCUAUGGAGGUUGUGAAUCCCCCAUAUAUGCUGUACCACGGGUUUGUACCGAUGCCCGUCUCAUCCCUACCACCUCAGAGUUCUGCCUCCCAGACGCCAGCCUCUGAAUCUCUCUCAGAGGAUCAGGAAAAGCCGGAGUGUAGCACCACCUUGAGGCAGGAGGAAUCUGGACAGACCUGCGGCAGAGAAGCAGGGACACACGUUGAGCCGGUGUGUGGGUCACAUGAUCAACUUUCAGAGGGAUCGUUAUACAGCGAGGGCAAGGACAGUGUCAGCUCUAGAAAUCUCAAUAUUAUGUCCAUGAGUGAACAGGACAAUAUCAUAGUAGACAACAGCUGAAUUCAGGGAUUACUGGUUGUUAAAAUGCACUGUUUUUGUUUUUGUUUUUUUUAAGCUUUUGAGCAUUAAUGAAUGACACUGGAAUAAAUUAAAUGGAAGCAGAGUAUAUAUGUACAUACAUGUGAGAGAAGGCAAUAUAGCUGUAAAUUCGUAAACGGGAAAGAGAUGGUCACUGGUUUGAAUGUUCAGUUGUUUUUUUUUUUUUCUUUUCAUAACGUUUUAAGCAUUGCCAAUUCUGUUGUAGUCUGUAUAAAAUGUACUGUUAAACUGAAAAGGUUUCAUUUUUUUAACAAAGUUUAGGUUUUGUGAUGGAUACUUAGACAAAG